AUUUACAUCAGUGUGUAUUGACUGGCUCUUCAUUCAAUAUUUUUCUUGUUUUGUCGCAUUUUAACUGCUCUUGUUUAUACAUAAGAGUGUGUCUACUGACUAGUUCUUCAGUCAAUAUCUAAUCUCCAUUUGUGACUUUUUCAAGAUGGCUGGUUCACAGUGUUGCACUAACCCUCCAGUGUUGAUGUCCAGCAGUGGUGAUGGCAGUGUCCAGGAAAUUGCUGGACUUAAAGCCUAUGUUUCUGCUGCCUCUCCUUCAUCCAAACAUGGGAUUCUUCUCAUUUCUGAUGUUUUUGGGUAUGAAGCUCCAAAGUUGAGGAAGCUUGCAGACAAGGUUGCAGCAGCCGGAUUCUAUGUAGUGGUUCCCGACUUCUUCCGUGGUGAUCCUUUUUCUUGGGAUAACCCUGAGAAGCCUCUGGCAGUCUGGAGAACUUUCCAUACAGGGGAAAAAGAAUUUGAAGAUGCAAAAGCUGUAAUUAAUGCUAUGAAGAGUAAUGGCAUAUCUAAGUUUGGAGCUGCAGGCUUUUGCUGGGGCGCCAAGGUGGUAGUUCAACUUGCAAGUUCCGAUUGCGUUGAUGCUGCAGUUAUGUUGCAUCCUUCAUUUAUUACUCUGGAUGAAAUGAAAGAGGUUCAAGUGCCUAUUGCUAUCCUGGGAGCUGAGGUUGAUCAGUACUGUCCACCGGAAGUCUUGAAGCAAUUUGAUGAAGCUUUAUCAGCUAAAUCUGAGGUCAGUAAAUUUGUGAAGAUGUUUCCUGGGACUGUGCAUGGAUGGACAGUGAGAUAUGACGAUAACGAUGAAAAUGCUGUUAAAAGUGCCGAAGAGGCUCAUGAAGACAUGCUAACAUGGUUCAACAAACACGUCAAGUGAAAAAAGCACCUGCAUCAAUCAGAGCUUCCCUCAUGAAACUGAAUCCCAUACUUAAGAAUACAUGAGAAAUUUCUGAAUUUGCAAACUCGGAGCAUUUGAUACUAUAUUUGAAUUUGUGCAGAGUGUUAAUUAUAUGUCUAAAUAUUUGUAGUACUUGUAUUCCAUGCAAUUUUAGUAUUUACAGUGGCAA